AUGGUCAAUGAACUGGUUAUCCAAGCAUCACAAUUACCUGGAUACAAAACAUUCAAGGCCGGUCGUCACCGUGUGCUCCAAUACAAACAAGUAGCAGCACAUUGGGAAUUUGCUGCGACCUUCUCCGCCACUCAUUUUUGUCAAGUGUGUCCAAUAAUGCAUAAUGUCAAGUCCAAGAAAUUGAUUGCAGAUGCUCUUGAACAGGGGCAUGAGCUUAUUCAGCUGUAUGGGGCUCAUGGGAGUCAUGAAUUAUCGGAAGUAGCAACUGAGCUUGCAAGUGGAAAGACCGGUGCUGUUGGACUGAUGGACUUUCUUUGUGCAUGGGAGGAGAUGCAUCCAGUUGCUGGUACAAAGGCUGAGAUGAGGUGUUCGAAGUGUUAUAAUGUAGAGCAGUAA